UCCUGAUAAUGUUGAGAAUUGCACAUACAGUGAUCAACAUGUUAUAAACACACACAUUGUAGGAGCUGAACCAGAGAAAUGGAGUGGCAGUGAGUCUGGGUGGACAAUGUAUAUUGGCUCCCCAAUCCACACUCAAACCAAUGAUGUUUAUCAAAUUAGUGAUCCCAAAGAAGGGGGUGAGAAAAACAGUGACAAGAAAGCAAUUCUUGAAUAUUUUGAUGAUGAUGAGAGUGAUGACUCCAUGGCUUCAGAUGCCUCCUCUGGCCCAAUAAGUAGUCAUCAUGAAUUACUACUUCCAUGUGAAGUUGGUGAAGGAGAAGGUAGGCGCAGGCAAGCAGCUAAGCAAGAUCAGCAUGGUAAUUAUUCCAAGUGUUCCUCAGGCAAGAAAGUAGGUUACAGAAAGUUGAAGAAAAGAGAUGAGAGAUUAGGGAUCAAAGAAGAGAAAGAGGAGGAGUUGCUGCACAAGGCUGAUAGUGCUGGCAGUCAUGUUUGAACUUUGAAGUGCAGCAUGCCCAGCAGCAGCAGCAGCCCAAGGUAAGCAAAAUCAACCAGAUGGUUAGAGAGAAGAAACAUAUCUAAUUAAUCAUGUUCUUCUCUUCUUCUGUUUUUUCCCUCUUUUUUUUCUCAUCUCUAAUUAAAGUGUUUGUUUGUUUCUGCCAAAUAUUUUUGGUAACACAAAACAAAGCAAAAUUCUAAAUCCUGCUGUGUGGUUCCAAAGCUUCCACCAGUGUGAAGUGAAUGUUGAGUUCAUUAAGAAUCCAUGAUAUACAUAUUUGGCAGGGGUCAUUGCACGCGCUUUUGCAUCUGUCAAAGUUUCCAGGUUGCAAAACAAAAGUUCCUUCCUACUUGCUCUGUCUUCUGUGGUUCCAAAGCUUC